CUUGUGAUUGUCCUUCAGGUUGUUCGCGGCGCAAAUCAGGUGAUAUUUUUGUUAUGAUAAUCGUAUGAGGCACUUACCUUGGACAUUUAUUAUUUGCUUCUUCGUUGUUACUUUUGGGGCUUAUAUCCAGUCGGAAAAGUACCCAAUUGUAAUAAUCCCAGGUGAUGGAGGGUGUCAGGCGUAUAGCAAGCUAAAGAACUCAACGUCACCUCCUUUUUUAGUAUGGAUAGACCUACGUUACUUCCUCGAACCGGGAAAACUAAAUGAAUACUUCGGCUUAGUUUAUGAUCCAGUCACCAGAAAGUCUAGAGAUCCUGAUAGCGCAGACGUAUAUUUCCCAGGUUGGGGUGAAACGUGGUCUAUUGAAAAUUUGGAUAGUUAUAGACAUAGCAGAACUGAAUAUUGUGGUCCGAUGAUUGAGUCAUUGCGCCGUGAUCCUUUCUUUGUAUCCAACUGGACUAUUCGCGGUGCACCCUUCGAUUUCCGUAAAGCUCCAAAUGAAAACGAGGGCUUUAAUGACAAACUUAUGCACCUGAUUGAGGAAACUUAUCAAAAUGGUGGAAACCGGUCUGUUGUUUUGCUUGGCCAUAGUUUGGGGGCUAAAUACGGUAUGUACUUCUUAAAGUCAAUGAAAAAAAGCUGGAAGAACAAAUACGUCAAAACCUUUGUCUCACUCAGUGCACCUCUUGGUGGUUCAGUAAAGGCUCUUAAAAUCGAAGCAAGUGGAGAUAACUUUGGUGUGUUUUUACGCAGUCCACUUAGUUUCCGCCCUGUUCAGCGCACGCUACCUUCUCUUGCUUUUCUCCUCCCGGAUUCUCGUUUGUGGUCACCAAAGGAACCCCUUAUUAUAACGCCAACAACAAACUAUUCUGCUCAUGACUACGAACGUUUCUUCCAUGAUGUCAAUUAUUCAAUCGGUUUCCAGAUGAUGUUGGACAGUAAAUCUAUAAUCGAUACAUUCGAAAAACCAAGUGAUAUUGAUGAAAUCUAUUGUAUUCAUGGAUCAAAUUUGAGUACCACUGACAAAAUGGUUUAUUCACCGCCCAACUUCUUUCAUAGUGGAUUUCCAGAUCAAGUACCGGCGUUGAUUCCUGGGAACGGUGAUGGAACUGUUAGUCUACGUAGUUUAGAAGUCUGUAAACGUUGGCCUGGUAUAAAAUAUUUCAUUUUACCUGGGGCUGAACAUGUAAAUAUUAUGGGAGAUCCACGUUUUAUUGAUAUUAUUCAUCGAAUUGUUGGUGCUAAUACAACUAAAACAUUAAACUGUUGUUAGUUAUUUUCUUCACUUUAUUAUUUACUUAUUUACUGUAAUAAGAUUCUCAUUUCAUUCAAUUUCCACCGAAUUAUUUGUUACAAUAUGGGAUGGUGGUCAAGAUAGACUGCAAAGUAUAAGAUACAUGGUCCUGAAUGUAUCAAAUGUCAUAUGGAUAUACCCAAACUUGAACAAUAUUUUUGUUUUAAUGUGAACAAAAUCAGGAUAAUAGAAAAUAUGUUUUCUUUAUUGUUUUUAGGUCCUCAUAAUUUAUUUCUAUUAUUACGGUAUUUUAUUACAAA